AUGCAAGCCGCGCAGUUCAUGAAAGCUCCGGUGUGGCUGUGCACUGGCUUACCAACCCUGGCCCUGGUGCCGUUCUUGGCCCGAGCCGCCUCCAAGUAUGGCUUCAGCCUCAACGACCGGACCUCUCUCAUGUGGUGGCACGUGAACCUGUUUUGGUUUCACACCGGCUGCGACGUCUUCAGCGGCUACUACCAGGUCAUGCCUGUGCUGACCGAGCUCUACACGCGAAUGAGUCCUACUCACUCCUAUCCCCGCUGGCAUCCGAACCGGGUACACUUUGAUUGCGCCUAUGCGCUGGAACUGUAUGUCGAGGCCCCUUUCGCUGCGUGGAUGAUGUACCUCUUCCUGAAGCAGGACCACAGGAGGUACUUGGUGGAACUCGUGGCGCUGGCGAUACAGUUUGCUGGAACAGUGGUGUACUACGUUCCCGGCAUCAUGCGUCUGGAGCAUGCCUGUUGGCUGAGCUGGGCUGACAAGGCCUGCGGUAGUGUCUGGAUGCUCUUUCCGGCUUACGUCUUCUGGCGUACGCUGACCACCUACAGGAAUGGCGACAGCAAGAAGCACACCUGA